AUGAGCGAGCAAGAAGACAUCACGAUUUCAAUAACUCGAAUGGAGAAACUUUUGACGAGCCUUACUAACAGGAUAAAGGAAUCGAUUAAAAAAUGCGGAGUCGAUGAUUCGUCUUUGCUUCAAGAGAUCAUCGAUCUCAUCGAGCUCUUAAAAAAAUUCGUUAUAUCCCGCAUGAAGAAAACUCCCAAUGUAGAAUCCAUGCACGCUAUCAAUUUGCAUGAUUGCCGGACAAAAAUAGCGGAAGUCUUGGCGGAACUCGAAGCUUUACAAGAGAUGUCUGAAGAACAAAACUCGAGCUCUGAAAUUUUUCUGAGAGAUAUUGUUAUCUGUGUAAAUGACGAGGAAGAAAUAAUGCAAAGCAUCAAGGAAACGUCAGAAGUAGAGAUACCAAAAGAAAUAGAGGAAUCAAUGCGGGAAAUGAUGAAUGUAAGGGAACGAGAAGAAACACGAAGAAAAAUACUACAGUCUGAAAUAGAUUCAGCAGAGCGUAGAUUGCACAAUAUUACAGAAUUCAAUGCAACAUCUGAGAAAAAGCUUUUUGAUAUAUGUGCAAACAUUGAACAACAAUAUAUUGCGCUUCUUGCUAAAUACGAUUGCGACAUCGGUGCGUCUCAUGCGUUAACAGAAGAAUUAUCAAAAAACAAUGAAAUUAUUAAAGGGAAAAUUAAAGAAAUGGAGGAUCAGCUGAUCGUGCAACGGGAACUGUAUAUUCAAUUCAAGAAGCAGCGAGAAAUCGCGCUAAUGAUAGCUUUCACUAAACAACUAGAUUUGCUUAGGCGGAACCGAGCCGCUAAAAUUAUCCAAAGAACAUGGAAAGCAUAUUUUGAGCGUAUUUCUUUAAAAAAACGACGAAAAACAAAAAGAAAAUAGACAAAAAUUCAUCAAUUUUAUAUUUG